CUACAACGUGUUGAGCUUCAUUCACGUGUGGUCGUUUUCAUCCUGCAGUUUGCCGUCAGAACCUGGAUCUGAGUUAUCGCCUUUGAGCACAUCGUCUGUUCUUCAGGCUAUAGUUCGGAGCUAUGGGUCGGAAGUUGGAUCCCACCAACAAGGUGAAGAGAGGUCCGGGGAAGAAGGCCAGGAAGCAGCAGGGAGCAGAAACUGAGCUGGCAAAGUUUCUCACUGAUGAAGAAACUGGACCAAAGCGUUUGUCCAGUCGAGGCAGGAAAAGAGCUGCAAAAAGAGUCCAGAAGAAGUCUGCAGCCGUUACAGAGGAAAAGCCCAAAAAAGGAUUCACUGAUGAAAACAGUAAAUGGCUGAAACCGGCGAAGAGAAAACGCAAAAUCGACGAACCUGAAGACGCGGACGACAGCGAUGAGCACUGGGAGGAGGAAGAUGAUGAUGAAGAGGAGGAAGAGGAGCUGCUGCAGAAGAAGAAAGACCAGGGAAAGAAGGCUGGGAAAGUAGGAGUGAAGAAGGUGGAGGAGGAGGAGGAGGAGGAGGAGGAGGAUGACGAUGAUGAGGAGGAGGAGGAGGAGGAAGAGGAGGAGGAGAGCGAUGACGAUGAUGAAGAAAUGGUUGAUGACUACGGUACGCUGGAUGACGGAGACGAAGCAGCAGCAGAAGAAGAAGGAGACAGUGAUGGAGAGGAUCUUCUUCCCAUCGAACGUGCCGCCAAGAAAGAUAAGAAGCUGAAAGAGGCCCUGGAUCUAGAGAGCGAUGACGACGAAGAGGAUGAUGACGACGACGACGAUGAUGAUGAUGAUGAACAGAAAUCAGAUGCUGACGAGGACGACACGAUACAAACCAACACAGAUGAAGGAGAUAAAUUCAGGCUACCGGGAGCAGAGGAGAGCGAGAAGGAGGGUGUCAUGCCUCUGGACCUAAAGACGAUCCACCAGAGGAUCAAAGACAACAUCGACGUUCUGUGUAACUUCUCCACCAAGAGAGAACCGGGCAAGGACAGGAGCGAAUACCUCAGCCUGCUGAAGAAAGACCUGUGCACCUACUACAGCUACAACAGCUUCCUGAUGGAGAAGUUCAUGGACCUGUUUCCUCUGUCAGAGCUGGUUGAUUUCCUUGAAGCCAAUGAAAUCCACCGACCUGUCACGAUCAGGACCAACACGCUGAAGACGAGGAGGCGGGACCUGGCUCAGGCUUUGAUCAACAGAGGAGUGAACCUGGAUCCGCUGGGAAAGUGGUCCAAAGUGGGUUUGGUGAUCUACGACUCCUCGGUGCCCGUCGGUGCGACUCCGGAGUACCUGGCCGGUCAGUACAUGCUGCAGGGAGCCUCCAGCUUCCUGCCCGUCAUGGCUCUGUCUCCUCAGGAGGGCGAGCUGGUGCUGGACAUGAGCUCGGCGCCGGGAGGGAAAACCACCUACAUCGCUCAGCUGAUGAGGAACACCGGUGUGAUCGUGGCGAACGACGCCAACGCCGACAGACUGAAGAGCGUCGUCGGAAACAUCCACCGUCUGGGCGUCACCAACACCGUGGUCAGCAACUACGACGGCCGGCAGUUCCCGAAGGUGAUGGGAGGCUUCGACCGAGUCCUGCUGGACGCUCCGUGUUCCGGCACCGGAGUCAUCGCCAAAGAUCCGGCCGUGAAGACCAGCAAGGACGAAGCAGACAUCAGACGCUCGGCUCACCUGCAGAAAGAGUUGAUCCUGGCGGCCAUCGACUCCGUGAACGCCGAGUCGUCGUCGGGAGGAUACCUGGUCUACUGCACGUGCUCCAUAACGGUGGAGGAGAACGAGUGCGUGGUCGACUACGCUCUGAAGAAGCGGAACAUCAAGCUGGUUCCCACCGGGCUGGACUUUGGCACAGAAGGCUUCACCAGGUUCAGAGAACGUAAAUUCCAUCCUUCUCUGAAACUCUCGCGGCGGUUUUACCCUCAUUCCCACAACAUGGACGGGUUCUUCGUGGCCAAACUGAAGAAGUUCUCCAACGUGAUCCCAACUGCAACAGCAGGAAAAGAAGACGACGGCGCCGAAGCUCCGGAGGCCACGGCAGCUACGAAUCCUCCCGAGGAGAAGCCGACUCAAAGCGACAAACCCAAGAAGACUUUGGUCAAAGAGGCAGGAAGCUCGCAGCAAAAAACCAACGGGACAGCAAAGGUCAAGUCAAAAGGCAAAAAGGACUCAACGGCCGGACCAAAGAAGGCGAAGCUCGCCAAGCUGGACGGAGAGACGGCGAAGAAAACCGAGAAACCUGCAGGGACGAAGGCGGUUAAUGAAACUAAAGCUACGAGAACCGACAAAAAGGCCAGAAAGAAUAAAACAGCCAUGAAGGCGAAGAACAGGAUGGGAAAGAACAAGUUCAAGAAGCUGAAGCACAUGUUGCAGAAACACGACGGGUAGUGACGGCGACGUGGUCAGGUGUAAUAGAUUACAUUAGAGCCUUAGUUACAGAUACAUGUGAUGAGCUUGUUUUUUUUUUUUUAUUUGUGUUUCAAAUUAUUCAUUGUGUCCGUCUGUUUGUUAAUUUCAGUUUGGGCCGAUUUCCAUAAAUCUGUAAGAUACAAUAAAUCUUUUAAGAGAUUUUUCAUCAAUGA